UGGGGCGCCCCGUUUCGAAUUAAAAUGAAAGACGACGGUCCGGUAACGGAAGAAAAAUCUUCGAAAAGGUCGAAAUCACGCCUCAAUGGUUACGCAGAAGAUGACGGACAGCGAACGGUGCCCGCGCCAGUUAAAGUGAAAGUAGAAAGCGGCAACAGGGAGUCCUUGCUGCCGUUACCGAUCAAGGUUAAGAAGGAAAAACACAAGAGUCGCGAUGUCGGCCAGGAAGUAUGGUUACCGGUGCCCCUAACCUUCAAAGAGGAGGCGGAGAUAAACGUUAAAGUGGAGAAGAGACGCCACAGUUUCGUCACGUCCUCUAGAAACUGUAGUUUUAAUGACGACGCGAGUUCUACCUCAGAUGCACGGUUACCCUCCCCUAUUAAAGUCAAAUUCGAGAAGAGACACCAAGCUUCGUCCGCAGAAGAACAAGCGCUAGUUCCGGCACCUAAAAGGAUUAAAGUCGAGGUAAAUGAUUUGAAUUCGUCGUUGGUAGCAAAGCCGAAAAAGAAGAAAAAAUCCAGGAAGGCAAAAGAGGACGAUGGGGACGAAUUUGAGGUAGUCCAGCGGGACUGGGAGGAAAAGGUCGAGUCUCGAAAGAAACAUAAGGGUAUAGAAAGCCACUCUGCUGAAGAGGAAGCGCUAGUUCCGGCACCUAAACGAACCAAAGUUGAGAUAAACAAUGUGGAUUCAUCUUUGGGAGCAACACCGAGAAAAAAGAAAAAGCCCAAGAAGACAAAAGAAGACGAUGGGGAGGAGCUAGAAGAACCUCGACGAGAAAGUGACUCAGAGUCUGAGGAAAUCGUUUUACCUCAGCCGGUUGAAUCAAAUGAGGAGUUGUUCAACAACUCUAGGGACCUGACUGCGGCUAGUUCUGUCGCCCCUUCUAAACCGGACCCGAAUAACUGGCACGCCGCCCUCAUGACAAAGUAUCCAGGAGCUGUGGAGUACAACUUGGAUGUGACUGUGCCAGAACGCGGCAGCGUGGAAUACUUCAUGCUGAGGUGCCCGAAAACCAUCGAUCCGCAAUCUUUAGUGGGCGCAACCUGGGAUUUGGGGUCACGGGAGGGGCUCAAGUUCAAGGUGCCGGGCCGCAAAGGCAAAUACAAUCUUAGGGUUCUUUCGGGCAAAUCCGAGAGGGCCGUCUUUCGCGAUUCGGCAGUGAAAAAUGUGAGCGUUCGAAGGUUGCUCUCGAUCGAAAAAUACCUCAAAGAUUCUGGAACGUGCGAGAUUCCUACACCCGAACAAACGUCGAUCCUUUUGCCCGAGAAUUUGAAGGAGAGGCAUCCCUUGUUCGGGCCCGUUUAUAAGAAACAAAUUAAACUGGACGAACGCAUUAGGAAGAGGCUGCGAGAGGCGGAAAGUAAUCUAAGAAGAAUCAACAAAAAACUGCUUAAAAAGAGACCUAAGACAAAGAUCCCCGACGAUGAAGACGACUCGAUUCGCAAUAUAUUCGACGCGGUGGAACCCGCCAAGUCCGAUAUCGGUAAUAUCCAAUUUAGUCCCGCCAAAAAAAAGUCGAAAAAGCACAAAACGCAAUAAAUGUUUAGUUGAUUUUCACGUGGCUUUC